AUGUGCAAAGUCGGUAAAGUUACGUGCAAAGCCGUAAAAAACACGUACAAAGUCAGUAAAGUUACGUGCAAAGUCCGUAAAGUUACAUGCAAAGUUGGUAAUGUUACGUGUAAAGUCCGUAAUGCUACGUGCAAAGUCGGUAAAGUUACGUGCAAAGUCGGUAAAGUUACGUGCAAAGUUUGUAAUGUUACGUGCAAAGUCCGAAAAAUUGUGUGCAAGGUCAGUGAUGUUCUAGGAAAAGGGGAAAAAGUUACGUGCAAAGUCGGUAAAGUUACGUGCAAAGUCGGUAAAGUUACAUGCAAAAGUAGUAAUGUUACGUGUAAAGUCCGUAAUGCUACGUGCAAAGUCAGUAAAGUUACGUGCAAAGUUGGUAAUGUUACGUGCAAAGUCCGUAAUGCUACGUGCAAAGUCGGUAAAGUUACGUGCAAAGUCGGUAAAGCUACGUGCAAAUUCUGUAAACUUACGAGCAAAGUUGGUAAUGCUACGUGCAAAGUCCGUAAUUCUACGUGCAAAGUCGGUAAAGUUACGUACAAAGUCGGUGAAUUUACGUGCAAGGCAUGUGACGUAUGUCUCGUGCAAAAUCGGUGA